AGAGUUCGACUGGGACAAGCCCACCAGGUCUCGUGUUCUCGCCAUGUACUUUUAUGGCUACAUUUUCACUCAAAUACCCGGAGGGUGGUUAGCAGGACGAUACGGGGCUCGCCGGGUGUGGGGACUUGGGAUGUUUGUGAACGGACUUGGGACCAUUCUCACCCCUGUCAGUGCACGUCUGAAUGUGUAUGUUUUGUAUGCAGUGAGAUUCACCACAGGGUUUGCAGCGGGGGUGUCUUUUCCCGCUACACAUUCACUAUGGGGGAGAUGGGCACCACCCCUCGAGAGAAGCAAACUCAUGUCGGUUUGCUAUGCAGGAUCUCACGUGGGAACUGUCAUCGCAUUUGCACUGUCUGGGUACCUCUGUUCCAAAGGGUUUGACAACGGCUGGGGCUCCAUAUUCUACGUGUUCGGUGCUGGGAACUUGGUGUGGGUUGGUCUGUGGAUGCUGGUGUCAGCUGACAAUCCCCGCAAACAUAAAUUCAUAUCUAAGGAGGAGAUCGCAUACAUCGAGAAGAAGAUAGGCCUCAAGACUAACAUAAUGACUCGAUCUACCCCCUGGUUGGCUAUGGCCAAGUCUGGACCUCUCUGGGCCAUCAUUCUGGCUCAUAUGUGCAACAACUGGACCAAUUAUACACUUAUCACUGUCCUCCCUACUUUCAUGAAGGAAGUUCUCAAGUUCGACAUCCGCCAGAAUGGGGCUCUAUCCUCCCUACCCUAUCUCUGUCACUCGGUGUUGGCAGUUCUGGCUGGUCAACUCGCUGACUUCGUGAGAGCCAGAACCAGACUCGGUACCACGAAGGUCAGGAAGAUCUGGCAAAACGCAGCGUUUCUCUCGGUUGCUGUCUUCCUUGUGGCAACAAGCUUUGUAAAUUGCGAGAACAGGAUGGUCGCAGUCGUCUUCCUGUGUGCCGCCGUGGGGUGUAUGGGAAUCGUCAAGGGAGCAUACAUGGUUAACCACGUCGACAUUGCCCCCAAUUAUUCUGGAGUAUUAUUUGGAAUUACCAAUACAGUUGCUACUGUACCGGGGAUGAUAGCCCCUCUAGUAGCUGGGGCUCUCACGCCUAACAAAACUGCAGAGGAAUGGCGCCUUGUGCUGUACAUAUGUGCGGGGUUUCUGGUAGCAGGUGCGCUCAUCUUCACCUUUCUUGCCAGCGGUGAGACACAGCCUUGGAACGAUCAUGACGAUAUAGAGCUUGACGUAAUAAAAGACGAGAAAUCACAUAAAUAUAGCGCCGUGGACAACACUAAGGGAACAGGAGGGGAACACUAGGUACGCCGUCAAAGAAGUUACCAGUACAUUUUGGACAAGGGUGUCAAUGUGAUUGAAGCUCUGUGAAAUAAAUCAUGGCUAAGAGAUAUUGCAGUCAAAACGAAAAAUGUCUCCAUGUGAUCGAGGUUAUUAACUUGAAUAAAUCGAAACAACAAUAUUUGUUAUUCAGAAUAUUUAUUAA